UGACGGAAAAGAAAAAGUGCAAAAUGUGAAUUGUGGAAAGUGUUACAUCGAGUAUUUUGCUUCCUUGAUUAUUUCAUCAGCUAUAAUUUAUGGUUUUCUUUUGCCCAAGCGGUCUUUACUUUUUCACGAUCAACUGGAGACCAUAAAUAGUUACGGUUUCAUUGAAUAUACUGUUAGAUUCGGUUGUGAAAGAUGGAUCCGGGGAUCCUUUGUUUCCACCAUUGUGGCAACAAAGUUUUCUGCACAAUUAUUCCGGAACAAUGUCCGGUAUGUGAGCAGAAACUAGACCGAUAUGACUACAAUUUGUUACCAUUCAGGGUACCGUAUCCCUUCGUCAAGGCGUCUCAGCACCCGAGAGCUAUAGUCAUGAAGCCUACUCAUGGAGAUUUUCUCAACGAUUAUUACAACUCCAAAGACUUGCACAUAGGGGUGACUAACUCGCAUGGGUGUGUUGUGGAGUUCAGUGAAGGUGGAGUGAAUGGUGUGGACACUUUGACCAAAAAAUGGAGCACUUGUGAUGCAAGCUCUGACUGGGACCAGUGCCUCCUUCUAGAAAAGUUUGAUGAAUUAUGGAAUGAGAUUUGGGAUAGUGUACUUAUGAAGGUGAGCCUCAGUCCACUUUGGGAAGCUGAGAGAUAUAAUGAGGAGAGACACAAUUGCUUUACAUUUGUACUGGCUUUCCUGAGAGCUCUGGACUGUGGAGAACUCUCUGACAAGGCGCGAGACCCCAAACUCUUCUGCAAACAAUAUGUGGUCCCUAGAACCUCUGCGGCCGGGAAGUACAUCUCCCUGUACCGGCAGCUCAAGCGACAGGACUACUUCAUACAGAGCCAAUGAUACCAUUACUUUAUCUAAUUACUAUUUAUUAUUUUACUCAGUAUUAACUGUGAUGUUAAAUGUUUAGGUAUGAAAUAUCUGAAAAUGUGGUGCAUUUAAGUUAGACCAAAUCAUAACUUUAAUUCCAUAUUUAUAAUGCUUUGUCUUCUUGCCUUUAUAUGAAUUUGUAUUCAACUUACAUUUAUGUUGCCUGUUAUGAUGUAAUCAUUAAUUAGUUUAGGUUAUUGUUGGAAAUAUAGACUGAACACUAUGAA